GGGAUACAAAGGCUGGCGCCACGCCUCGCCCUCACUGCUCACGAUGAAUGGAGGCCGGUCAUUGCGUCCGGGGCAUUUCGUGCCGCAGGUCGCAGAACUGGUCAGCGCGGGGCAUCAGAGCGUGAGCAUACGUGCACGCCACUGCUAGCGGCUACUCUCCGCUAUGAUCGCCAAGCUUCUGGCACUGGUCGCCUUCGUCUUACUGGCAAACAGCACCAGCACUCAAUACCGCAAGGGCCGGCCAGGCUCGCGACGCACCAUCCUGGUGCCCCGCGUCCUCUACAUGGAGCACUGCAAGGACAAACGCCAGCACUCGCUCAUCGUGCACAACUACUCGUCGCUUGUCGACGGCCGCGGAGUCGUCUACCUGAAUGCUGCCAUGGAGUUCCAGAGGACGGCCAAAGCGCUCACCACGAUGAAGGUGGUGCUGCACAGAUGUCGGGAGGCCGUCUCCUCGAACACUUGCGAGUACUUCGUCACCUGGCCAUUCACUGCGGCCAUCUGCAACAUGAUCACCACCAAAGGCAUGAUGUGGAGCGGGUUCAUGAGCGCCUUCCGUCCGGACUUCAAGUGCCCCAUCACUAAGGGGCUGUACCUCCUCGAAAACGCCACGGUGGAUGUGUCUCUGGGAGAGGCCAUGUCCCACAUCAAUAUUGCCGGCAACGUAUGGAGAGCAGAAGUGAACCUCAUGGAUGAGAAAAAGGAACUCUUCACGUGCUUAAAUACUGCAGUCCUGAUCAACAGGGUGAACAUCAAAGAUUGAUCCCUCGGCGAAGAAGACUUCCGAACUGCAACUUCCCAAGGCAUUCGAUUAGAAAGAUGGGCUACAAGGAGGACCUUUGAAAGAAAAGACUAUCAUGAAUAAGCACUUUACUAUUAACUGUUCACUAAUUGUUUCAUUGUAUGGAGUUAAACCAAAAUCCUGCGUUUUACAUUACACGAUAUAAUA